GCCGUUUUGCUAGUUGUCCGAUCGUGGAUGAUACUCGUACGCUUAUUUUAUGUAUAUAUAUCCCAGGGGAGGAACGGUUCUCUCCCUGCCUCUGUUGUGUCAAUCGUGUAGUAUUCCUCCUUCAUCCCGUCGCUAAAUCUGUGGGAGAAGGCCGAGAAGCGGAAGCCAUGGCGGUGGCCAAUCGAAAGAUCUCAGCGGCCGCUGCGAGGGCUCACACUCGAAGAAAGAUCAAGUCUUCGUCCUCGUCUUCUAUUCCUCUUGAAGGGAUGCUUAAAAAAUUCUCAGUGGUUUUGUUGGCGGGUUUAAUUGCGUGGACAUAUCGAGCAAUUCAGCCUCCACCUCCUAGGAUCUGUGGAUCUCCAAAUGGCCCUCCUGUUACAUCAUCUAGAAUUACUCUCAAGGAUGGAAGGCAUUUGGCCUACUUGGAGUCUGGUGUCCCAAAGGAAAAGGCCAAAUACAAGAUUAUUUACAUUCACGGCUUUGACUCUUGCAGAUAUGAUGUUCUUCCCGUAUCCCCGGAAGUGCUUGAAGAAUUAGGGAUCUAUUUAUUGUCAUUUGACAGAGCUGGUUAUGGAGAGAGUGAUCCAAACCCAAAGAGGUCAGACAAAAGCACAGCUUUGGAUAUUGAAGAACUUGCCGAUCAGUUGGAACUAGGAUCCAGAUUCCAUGUUAUUGGAUUUUCUAUGGGAGGAGAGAUUGUCUGGACCUGUCUGAAAUACAUUCCACAUCGGCUUUCUGGAGCAGCAAUGCUUGCUCCUGUUUCCAAUUACUGGUGGCACGGUUUUCCUCCCAAUGUAUCUAAAGAAGCUUACAACUGGCAACUUCCAAACGAUAAAUGGGCAGUUGCAGUUUCUCAUUAUGCCCCUUGGUUGACAUACUGGUGGAACACCCAAAAGUGGUUUCCUGCUUCAAGCGUUAUUGCUCAUCGUAUUGAUAUUUUCUCUACCUCAGACAGAAUGCUUUUACACAAGUUCGAAAGUAGAGAGCCUUAUAAGGCACAGAUAAGGCAACAAGGAGAAUUCGAGUCUCUCCAUCGUGAUAUGAUGGUUGGCUUUGGGAGCUGGGAAUUUAGCCCUUUGGAUCUUGGCAAUCCAUUUCCAAAUAAUGAAGGCUCGGUUCACUUGUGGCACGGUGCCGAGGACUUAAUCGUGCCGGUGUCAAUGUCUCGCUUUAUCUGCCAAAGGCUGCCCUGGGUUCGAUACCAUGAACUUCCAGAGUCUGGCGGCCCUCCGAUCACCUCUCCCAGAAUUCAACUCAGAGACGGCAGGCAUCUGGCAUACAAAGAGGUGGGAAGCACCAAGGAGAAGGCCAACUACAAAAUCAUCGUCGUCCACGGCUUGGAUGGUUCUAAAGAUUUCACUCUACCUGCAUCCCAGGAACUGGUGGAUGAGUUGGGGAUAUACUUUCUGUCGUAUGACAGAGCAGGGUAUGGGGAGAGUGACCCGAACCCAAGGCGGACGGUGAAGAGCGAAGCCAUGGACAUUCAGGAGCUCGCCGACCAGCUGGAGAUCGGGCCAAAGUUCUACUUAAUUGGAGCCUCCAUGGGGGGUUAUGCUGCCUGGAGCUGUCUGAACUACAUACCCCACAGGUUAGCGGGAGCAGCCCUUGUCGUGCCCAUCAUCAACUACUGGUGGCCUUCAUUCCCUGCCAAUCUGACAAGGCAGGUCUACAAGAAUAUGCUGGUGCAGGACCAAAGGACACUCUGGAUUGCACAUCAUAUUCCUUCCCUGUUAUACGCAUGGAUGACUCAAAAAUGGCUCCCCACAUCUGCUGUUAUUGAGAGGGACCCGAGAAUUUACAGUGAUCAAGAUAAAGAAAUUCUCCAGAAGAUGGCAGAGUCCAAUGUGUUCCAGGAUAAGGCAAGACAACAAGGUGUUUUUGAGUCUCUUCAUCGAGACCUAAUAGUUGCUUACAGCAACUGGGAGUUUGACCCAAUGACCAUGAGCAACCCAUUCCCCCAUGAUGAAGGCACUGUUCAUAUCUGGCAAGGCUAUAAAGAUGGGCUGAUCCCAGUGGAGCUACAACGCUACGUUGCACAGAAGCUUCCUUGGAUACGGUAUCAUGAGAUUCCUGAAGGCGGGCAUCUGUUUUUACUGAUUGAUGGUUGGAGUGACACCAUCCUCAAGGCACUUCUACUUGGAUAGGAGACCAGUAUUAUAUAAAGCUUGGUGCAGACACUAGUGCCAGGUCACCCAUCACUCGGAUCUACGGUCGCCGCAGAAGGAUAGUCCAUCCAGUUUGAUUUUAUUUUGGAGUGAUUUUAUGUUAUUUGGGCUUAUUAAGGUAUUUUGUUAUUUGACAGCCUGUAGGGCCUAUUUGGGUAGUUCGUUAUUUUGAAGGUCUUUUGUGAGACUAGUUUCUUUUUAGGGGUCUUUUGCAUUUUCUCGGUCUUAUAAAUAUGUUGGACCGUACAUCGUUUAGACUUAUGCUAUGAAUAAAGAUUUGUGAUUCUCUUCUUUUA